UAGUAGAAGUGGCAUGUUAAGGAAAGAAGAGGACGUUGGUUUGAAAUCAUCACAAUGGAAUUGGCUUGACAUGUUUAUUAAAGAAGGAAAUACAUUGUAAAUUGUAAAGGACUUCAAUAACGUUACGUGGGUUACUGUAAUUUAGCAUAGUACCGCUAACGCUACAGCUAGAGUGGAUCCUGUAUGUAACAGGGAGGUAAUUAUAGCUGCACUAUUUUAUUUAAUAUUUAAGAGUUUAAAAUGAGUUCUGUGAGACACUUAAUGUACAAUAGGUGGUUGUUUCACUGCAGUACAUCACCGAGUGUGAACACAUCAGUUUGCUGGCAUGGCAGGCAGAAAAGACUGUUCAGUACUACCAAAAGAAGGAUUACUAUUAUGCCUGCCUGGGUUAUUGAUCAAUAUGGAGGCAAUGAUGUGUUGCGAUUCACCAAAAAUGCCAGUUUCCCCGUCAUCACAUACCCCAAUGAGGUUAUUAUCAAAGUGAAUGCAGCAGGACUGAACCCUAUUGAUGUCGGCAUGAGAGGUGGCUAUGGUGCUUCAAGCUUGUCCAUGAAGAGAGACCCUCUGAAUUUGAUGCAGAAUGGCAUGGAGUUCCCUCUCAUCCUGGGAAGAGACGUGUCUGGGGUCAUCAUGGAGUGCGGCCUGGAUGUGAAGUACUUCACAGAAAGGGACGAGGUGUGGGCAGCCAUCCCUCCAUGGAAGCAGGGCAGCCUGGCUGAGUUUGUGGUGCUGAGUGCCAACGAGAUAUCCCGCAAACCAAAGUUACUGAGCCACAGAGAGGCAGCAGCCAUUCCCUAUGUGGCAACGACGUCCUGGUCUGCACUGGUCAACACGGGGGGGCUCAGCAAGGACAACUGUGCCAAGAAGCGGAUAUUGAUACUUGGCGGAUCCGGGGGAGUGGGAACAUUUGCUAUACAGAUGCUGAAGGCUUGGGGCGCCCAUGUGACUGUGACCUGCUCCCAGAAUGCAGAGUGGUUUGUGAGGGACCUGGGGGCGGACCAUGUUGUUGACUACACCUCCGGGCCUGUUGAGAAACCACUCAGUGAACUGGAGAAAUUCGACCUCAUCCUGGAUAAUGUCGGGGGGGAAACAGAGCGUUGGGCGCUGACCCUGCUUAAGCCUUGGAGUGGCGCCAAGUAUGUAACCCUUGUGACGCCGUUCCUCCAGAACACUGACUUACUGGGCAUCGCUGACGGCAUGAUGCAGACUGCUGCCACGGUGGCCACUAAGGCCCUCAAGCACCUCGUCAAAGGGGUUCACUACCGCUGGGGAUUCUUUGCCCCUAGUGGUCCUGCACUGGAUGAAAUCAGUGAAAUGGUGGAUGCAGGACAGAUCCGGGCAGUGGUGGAGGAGACUUUCAGUUUUUCCCAGGUUCCUCAUGCCUUUGAGAAGAUGGAGAAAGGCCACGCUCGAGGGAAGACUGUGGUCCAGAUCAGCGAAGAGGAUGAUUACUCAUAGCACCGACUCUUGGAGGAAUGCUUUGCUGUACUGCUCUACAUUUGUGUGGAUGACUGUUUUGAAAUGAGAUAGCUAAUAUAACGAACUGAGUGUCACAGAAACAAGUUAUUAAAAUCUUUUAUUUUCUAAAAAAGACAAAA